AUGUGUCUCCUCUUCGUACACCUCUUCGGGUUGUUGCGGAUCAGCCAAGUUUUCGAGAUCCGAUGGCUAUACGACAUCAUCAUGGAUUCGUACGCGUUGAGCUGUAUAGCCAGUCGCUUCGUGCAGGUUGCCAUCCCUUACGUGCUCAUCGCAGUAACCUAUCACCGUGUCGAAAUAUGCUUAAUAAUAUUCGGCAUCACCCUCCUGCUGCGUGGACUCCAAUUUAAAGCAAUUAUGGUGGGAGAGAUGCCAAACUGCACUCAGUACUUCUACUCAAAAGGCCUCAUGGCUACCGAGUUUGGGUUGUCCACUGAAUUCUAUUAUACAGACGUCGUACAACAGUUCAUAAACCUGUUCGUGAGCUUCUUGGUGCUGUGCCUGUUGAACUUGUUGAUCGUGCGGAAGCUGAAGAAGAGCCAUCGAAGAGCUAGGCGUCAAUCGGCUUCCGUUUCUCAUACGCUGGAGCUGACUUGCAAAUUCCCCAAAAGCCAAUCAAUACGACGGCUGGACGAUCAGGCGCGAAGGGAGCAGAAACGGGUCAGGUUCGCCAUCCGCACUACAGUCGUGAUCAUCUCUUCAUAUCUGGCCUGUAACUCGAUCAACUUCUUCCUCUACUGCUUCGAAAGGUUUUGGCAGGACGUCCUAUAUGACGAAAAUGGACAGUUCCACGCCGGCUACGUGUUCAUCAGCGACGUGGGCACAAAUUUGGUGGUGCUUGCCAGCACUAUCAGAAUAUUCAUCUAUUAUAAAUAUAACCCGGAAAUUAGGAAGCAGAUCCGCUCAACAAUCCCUCUACUGACUUACAUGUUGACGAAGAAGGGCCGCAGGAAGCCGAAUAUGAAGGAGCCGGUGGUGGUGAUGAGCGUCGACUGUCCGGAGACGGAACCCCUGCAAAGCAUUCAGUUUAUUGACUCG